AUGGCGGGAGUCCAUUCUCUUCUUCACGACCAGCUCCGCUGCUCCUUCCCACUCUUUGCUCUCGCGGCCCUCCUCUUAACCUUCAACGGUGUCUCUGCUCACAGCGUUAACCGUAGGCUCCUGGCUUCUCUCAAUGAUUCUGCCAUCUCCGGCGGCUGGUCGCCGGCCGCAGCCACGUGGUACGGGAGCCCUAACGGCUUCGGAAGUGAUGGUAAAAUCCCUACAUCUUUGUGAGACACUUAACGGAUGUUUGGCGCUUCAUACUUCUGAACAUUCUCGAUAUCCUGAGCAGGUGGUGCCUGUGGUUACGGCAAAGCCGUCGGGCAACCUCCCAUCUCGUCCAUGAUCGCCGCCGGAGGACCCUCACUGUUCCAGUCAGGCAAGGGCUGCGGAGCUUGUUAUCAGGUGGGAGAAAUAUGAACAAAGUGUCAUCAUCCUACCUCUUUCCUCUAGACCCAAUUAGCAACCGAGCUUUGAUUUCCAUCGGUGGCAGGUCAAGUGCACUGGGCACAGCGCUUGCUCCGGCAACCCGGUGGCCGUGGUGAUCACCGAUCAGUGCCCCGGCGGUCCGUGCCUGGCGGAGAGCGUGCACUUCGACAUGAGUGGCGCCGCUUUCGGAGCCAUGGCGCGACCCGGGCAGGCUGAGCAACUGCGUAGGGUCGGAAGGCUGGCUGUGCAGUUUAUGCGGUUGGUUCCCCGGCGCACAGAUUAUAUAUCUCACACCCGUCUGUUGGAAUAUAAUAAUUGAUGAAUAGUUAUACGAAUAAUACGAAAAUUUCAAUUGUAAUUAUAAAGGUGACACUUCCGCUCGUUUAUUAAGUGAUUAUAGGAUUUUUUUUCUCUACAUUCCCAUUUUUUUUGCUUUUACAUUUCUUUUUAAAUAUUAUCUAUUUAUAUAUGAUAUAUUAAUUGUCUUUAUAUUAGUAAAGAUUGAUCAUUUUACCAGCGAAAGUAAACUUCUUAUUCUUAUCAUGUUGAAUAUUGGCUUGACGUUUCUUGACGCCGUCAUGCGCAGUGCUGAGUGCAAUUACCCGGGGACGAACGUCGUCUUCAAGGUCGACGCUGGAUCCAAUUCAAACUACUUGGCUGUGCUCAUAGAGUUCGAGGAUGGCGACGGCGAUCUCUCCGCCGUCGACCUGCGUCAGGCUCCGGACUCCGGCCCGUGGAUUCCCAUGCAACAGUCAUGGGGUGCCGUGUGGAAGAUCAACUACGGAUCGCCGCUGAAGGCGCCGUUCUCCUUCCGCCUGACUUCUCUCGGGUCCAGGAAGACGCUUGUAGUCCCAGACGUUAUCCCGGCGGGCUGGCAGCCUGGAGCUACGUACAGGUCCCGCGUGAACUUCAGGGGUUACGGUGUUCUUCCUGUUCCUUCGUUCGUGAGAAAGAAAGUGACGAAGUAUUAA